AUGGGUGACGAUCUUGCGGCCUUUUUUGCCAAGAAGAAGUCCAAGGGUACCAAGAAGAAGGCGAUCCGAAUGGACGAUGUUGUUCAGCAGCUCGAGUCCAAUAUGAAGUUCGACAAGGUAGGUUAUUUUUUUAACUUUUUUAUUGUUUAGGAACUUGGUGGCAUUGUUAAGGUUCAGAAUGGUUGAAGAAAAAUUCAAAAAACCGGUCAAGUUAACUGAUGUUUUACACAGAAAUGUGCUCUAUAAUUGUUGAGCAAUUAUAAUAGCAGUUCUUACCUAUUUCUAUGCUUACAAGUAUUUUAAUAGGGUAACGAUGCUUACUUUAGUAUGAAUAAUACUAUUUUUUCUUCAGGAUGGAGGUGAGGACGAUGUUCCUUCAAAUCAAGAUAUUUUGGGAACGAAUUUGAACGAUGAAGAUUCUGAAUGGAUCGGAUAUGGUUCCAAGCCUUUGAACCUCGCCGGAGAAACAGUUGGAACAUUUAACUCAACAGAAGUUGUAGAUGAAGAAGUGGUAACUGAUAGAGCUGAACGAGAAAGCUCAGUUGUUGAGAAAACUAAAACCUGGAAUAUACCUUCUAAAGUAAGAUACUUUUAAUUUUAUCCUUUCGAACUAUAAUGAUGUAGAAAACAUGGUUAUCAAAUAAGUUUAACUUAUUUUUAUUAAAGAUGUCUUAUUUUUGAUUUAGGACAAAGAAGAUGCUCCUAAAGAGACCGUUAUCGCCUCUGUUACAACGACGAAAUCAAAGUUUGAGGCCUACAAACCGCCCCAACGUUCAGCACUAGGUCAGGGCGGUGCAGUUCGGAGACAGAAUGUUGAUCUUCGCAGCGAAGAGAUGUUUCCUUCGCUUGGAGAUGCUGAUAAAAUAGAAAAACAGCAAACUGAAUAUCAGAAGAAGCAACGUCAGGAGGAAAAGGCCACAACUCCAGUGGAAACGAAGCCGGAGCCGGUUAGAGAAGUUCGUCGACCUGAGCCUGUGGCUACUACAACACUCCCUACGCCAGCUUUACGACCUACCAAUAGACCUGUGCCAACUGGAAAUAUUGGAACUGGAAUUAUGAAUGCUAAAGGAGAAUAUAUUGUUCUUAACGAGCCUAAGGAUGAACCCGAACCGGUGAAGAAGGAGGUACAGUCCUGGAGGGCGAGCAGGGAAGAGAGACCAGCACCACUUCAAACAAACUGGAGAGAUGACAAAGAGGACAAGCGUACGUUUUUUUUUGUUUCUAACGUUAGAAUACGAAUUCAGUAUAUUAAGAUAUUAAGAAUUUUAUAAUUUUUGUGUGUUUAACUCUAAAUUUCAUUUUUCAGCUGCUCCUAAACCUGUAGUCAAAUCGAAUCCGUUUGGAGCCGCCACGCCUGUUGUAACGAAACUACCGGAAUCUAUGGCUCCUACUGAAACUUGGAGAAACUCUAAAGCCGGUGCAUAUCAACCACCUCGUGGUGGCGAUCGUCAAGGUCCUCCAGUUGAUCGGAAAGCUUGGGGAAGAGAUAAUAACAGAGAGAUACGAGAUGCUAGACCAGAACCACCACGUCAAGAACAAUGGAGAAGGGACAGUAAGAAGGAAGAGCCGGUAAAGAGCUGGAAGGGCGAGAACGAUCAAGCAGAACCACUUGAAGAUGGAUGGUCGACUACCAAGCGACGUCGUUAG